AUGGAAUCAAAUAACCCCAAUCAAGCUCUGCUUCCCAACCAAGAAAAUUUGCAAGCAGCUACCUAUCCGGUCAAUCCUGAUCAAGCAAAUUACCCAGUUCCAAUGGGAAAUUCGGGCUAUCCAUAUAACCCUAAUCUAAAUCAAGGAGCUAAUCCUAACUUUCAGCCAAGCGCUGGCCAGCCUGGCUAUGGUCAGGCUUGUUAUGGUCAGGCUGGUUAUGGUCAGCCUAAUUAUGGUCAGGCUGGUUAUGGUCAGCCUAAUUAUGGUCAGCCUGGGAUGAAUCAGCCUAAUUAUCCUGCUGGACAAGGUCUGCCUAAUCCGAACCCAAAUUUUGCACCAAAUCCACAACCAGUUAUCAUCAUCCAGGCAGGUGAAGGCCAAGGAAAUCAAGCUCAAGUUCCACAUCAAGUUACGCAUUGGGGAAAUGCUCCACAGCAAGCGUUUUGCCCAACUUGCAAUAGAAACGUUUUAACUGUUAUCAGAAACCAGCCAGGAGCAAUGACUUGGAUACUCUGCUUGGUUAUAUUUUGUGUUUUCUGGCCUUGUAGCUGCUUACCUUUUUGCAUGCCGCAAUGUAUGGAUGUCAUUCACAGGUGCCCAACGUGCUUUGCAUUGCUUCACACUAAGUCGCCAUUUUAG